AUUUUGACUUAGAUAUCAUAAAUGAUCUCAGAGACAAUGUUUUUAAGACAAUAUGUUUUUGUUAAUUAUUUGGUUUUCUUAAAUAAAUGCUGCAAAGGAUAAAUAUGAAAGCGUUAAUUGAUAAAGCAAUGCCAAUAGAAAAGGAUUUAAUAAUGCAAAACUUUCGAAUCGUAGUCAUGGGAACCGCUGGCGUCGGUAAAAGUUCCAUCAUAAACAAAUUUAUGCACGACAAAUUCACUGAAAGCCAUAAAGAAACUAUAGAGGAACUGCACAGACACCGGAUGCGGUUUGAAAGUGUGAGUGUUGAAAUAGACAUUCUUGACACAUCCGGGUCUCAUCAGUUCCCGGCGAUGAGAAAGCUUGCUAUAGCAACAGGGGACGCAUUUCUUUUCGUAUUUUCUGCGAAUAACCCGGAAAGCUUUGAAACUGUUAAACAACUUCGAGAUGAAAUAAGAGAGCAGAAACAAAAGGGGAAGUACUCAAUCGUUGUUGUCGCAAAUAAAACUGAUUUAGACACUGAUGAUAUCCACUCACAUGCGGUAACCGAUUCUGUUGUGUGUAUGGACUGGGAGGAAAAGUUUGUUACUACGUCUGCCAAAACAGGCGACAAUAUUGACAUUGUCUUUCGAGACCUUGAAGAUAAAAUCAGAGAAAGAAUUACGCUUGAAGAAAACCGUCUGACAUUUAUCAGAAGGAUUUCAAUGCCAGUGAUGAGAAUAGCAAAAUCAGAAAAGGCAGCGCCUGGUCUUUUCAAGAGCAAGUCUCGAACACAUUCCAUGGAAAAUUAAAAUUAAAGGUGCUGCUGUUACGACAAUUGAA